AUGGUGGACAUAGCAACCAAGAAGAUACCAGGGUGUAGUUUGAUUCUAGUAAGCGGUGGUGCUCAUGAGUUUGUUUGUGGAGAAAAGUCACAUCUUCAAUCAGAAGAGAUUUACAUGAAACUAAAAGAGUUAGCUCAAGAGUCAACGUUUGCAGGGUACUUUCCUUCUGAAUUAUUGUUCGAGGCUGGGUAA